GUCAAAUCACACGUCAAAUAAUUGGCGGCAAUUGGCGGGAAUCGGUAACACAACACACAACAAUUUUCUUCUACAGUUAUCUCAGAUUUUUAUAAACAUUUUUCAGUUGAUUUAAUAUUAACUAUUAGUAACAAAAAUGGUUCCCAAACCUACACCAAAGUUAUACGUGAUAAAACGAAAUGGAAGACAUGAAGAUGUUUAUCUGGACAAAAUUACUUCCAGAAUACAGAAAUUAUGCUACGGGUUAAAUAUGGACUUUGUAGAUCCGCUUUCAAUUACGUUAAAAGUUAUUAGUGGAUUGUAUCCUGGCGUUACCACGGUUGAAUUGGAUACUUUAGCUGCUGAGACAGUUGCCACUAUGACUAUAGAUCACCCCGAUUAUGCCAUUUUAGCUGCAAGAAUUGCCGUAUCAAAUUUACAUAAGCAAACUAAAAAAAACUUUAGCGAUGUAAUACAUGAUCUGUACCAUGCAAUUAACGAAAAGACUAAGUUACAAACCCCAUUGAUCUCAAAUAAGCAUUAUGAAAUAGUUAUGAACAAUUCAGAUCAACUUAAUUCAUGUAUUAUCUACGACAGAGAUUUUUCAUAUACCUAUUUUGGUUUUAAGACACUGGAACUAUCUUAUUUGUUUAAAAUUAAUGGGAAAAUUGUAGAAAGACCGCAGCACAUGUUAAUGAGAGUUGCUCUAGGUAUUCAUGGCGAAGACAUUGAGUCUGUUAUUGAAACUUAUAAUUUGCUUUCUGAAAAGUACUUUACACAUGCCAGUCCUACACUUUUUAAUGCAGCCACACCGAGACCGCAGUUAUCUUCAUGCUUCUUGCUCGCAAUGCCUGACGAUAGCAUUGAUGGUAUUUACAAUUGUCUUGCUCAGUGUGCUCUAAUCACUAAAAUGGCAGGAGGUAUUGGAGUUCAUGUACAUAAUAUUAGAGCCAAAGGUACAAUAAUUGCUGGUACUGGUGGUACAUCAAAUGGUUUAGUACCCAUGUUGAGAGUGUUCAACAGCACGGCAACAUAUGUUGAUCAAAGUGGAAGAAGACCUGGAUCAUUUGCUAUAUAUUUGGAGCCAUGGCAUGCUGAUGUUUUUGAAUUUUUAAAUUUAAGGAAAAAUACAGGAAAAGAAGAAAUGAGAGCAAGAGAUUUGUUUUAUGGCCUAUGGGUACCGGAUUUAUUCAUGAAGAGGGUUGAAUCGGAUGAUACAUGGUCUUUGAUGUGUCCACAUCAAAGUCCUGGCUUAUCAGAUUGUUAUGGCGAGAAGUUUGAACAAUUAUACGAAAAAUAUGAGAAGGAAAACAGAUUUGUGAGACAGGUACGUGCACAAGACUUGUGGCGCGCUAUUAUAGCCUCGCAAGUUGAGACUGGUACUCCCUAUAUGCUGUACAAAGAUGCUUGUAACAGGAAAUCGAAUCAGAAGAACUUAGGAACGAUAAAAAGUAGUAAUUUGUGCACUGAAAUUAUCGAGUACACUGCACCAGAUGAAAUAGCCGUGUGCAACUUGGCUUCUAUUGCCGUCAAUAUGUUUGUCACAUCUGAUAGGAAGAACUUUGAUUUUAAUAAAUUAAAAGAAGUCACAAAGACCGUUACAAAAAAUUUAGAUAAAAUAAUUGAUAUCAACUACUACCCCCUUCAGGAAGCGAAAAAUUCAAAUAUGCGUCAUAGACCUAUUGGUAUCGGUGUCCAAGGUCUUGCUGAUGCAUUUAUCUUGCUCAAAAUUCCGUUUGAUAGUGAAGAAGCGGCUUUGCUCAAUAGACAAAUUUUUGAGACCUUGUAUUAUGGGGCUCUGGAAGCAAGUUGCGAGUUAGCUGAGCGAUUGGGCACUUACUCCACUUACCAAGGUUCACCUAUAAGACAAGGAAUUCUGCAGUUUGACAUGUGGAACGUUAGGCCCACAAAUUUGUGGGACUGGGAUGUUCUUAGGGCUAAAAUUGCAAAACACGGAGUUCGUAAUUCUCAGCUUAUAGCUCCUAUGCCUACAGCUUCCACUGCACAAAUUCUAGGAAAUAACGAAAGUAUCGAGCCCUACACUACAAAUAUUUAUACACGAAGAGUAUUAUCAGGAGAAUUUCAGGUAGUAAAUCAUCAUCUCCUUAAAGAACUGACAGAUAGAGGCAUGUGGGAUGACAUUAUGAAAAACCAGCUCCUGGCCAAUCACGGGUCGAUCCAAAACAUCCCGGGAAUCCCCGACGAUAUUAAGGCCAUUUACAAGACAGUAUGGGAGAUUUCGCAGAAAGUCAUACUUAACAUGGCCGCCGAUAGAGGCGCUUUUAUCGAUCAGAGUCAAAGCCUGAAUAUCCACAUCGAAAGGCCGAAUUACGGAGUCCUAACCUCAAUGCAUUUCUACGGAUGGAAGAAAGGUUUGAAAACUGGCAUGUACUAUUUGAGGACAAAACCUGCGGCCAAUCCUAUUCAGUUUACUGUGGAUAAGUCGAAAUUGCUGGUUCAAAGUGAUAGUAAAAAUAAAGACCAUACAUCACCUACGAAGAACGGUUACCAGAAUGGUAGUGGUGAAAAUGGAGCUCUUAAUGGCAAAUCUGAAGAGGAGGAUAUGGCUGCUUUAGUGUGUUCACUCACCAAUCCAGGAAAUUGUGAUAUGUGCGGAGCAUAAGGAUUUUUUACUGUUCUCUGUUAAUUAAAACUAAAUUAAAUCCGUUUUACUAUGUACUUAUUAACUUUUAAGUGGGAUCACACAGCAAUUUUUCUAUGAUCCUGAUUUUAUAUAAACAAUUUUGUUUUAUUUAAAAAAUCAAUUUUAAACGUCACAAUACAGUUUUUAUCUCAUA